CUUAUAUUGUUCUUAUAUACAAAAGAUAUAUUGAAAAAAACUCCAUUCAAUUUCAAUCCCAGAUAUUUUAAUUGAAGAAAAUGAGAAGAAAGUGUAAUUUGGAACUCACUCUUUCUCUUUCAUCCUUUUCUCCUAUUAGGGAGGAUCAAGAAUUCGAGAAUAAGAAAUCACAACAGCUAACAAUAUUUUACAAUGGAAAAUUUGUGGAUUCUGAUGUUACUCAGCUUCAGGCUAAAGCUAUAAUAUAUCUUGCAAGUAGAGGAAUGGAAGAGAAAACAAAUAAGAUGUCUGAGCCCUCAUCACCAUCAUUACAACCUCAAACUGGUCUAUUCAUGAAGCGAUCUUUACAGAGAUUUCUACAAAAGAGAAAAAAUAGAAUUCAAACAACUUCGCCAUAUCAUCAUUAGAUGCUACUGAUGGAAUUCGGCUCCAUUUAGUUUCAUAUGUGUAUAUGUUUUGUAUUUUGGUGUAACAAA